UGUUGCAGUCCCUCACCAUUCACGGUUUCGGGCUCUCGUAUUUUCUCUCGAAGGAAGGAGCAUUUCUCGUGGAAUGCGCUUCCGCUGAGUGAUUUCUUGGGAUUUUCUAGUAUUUUCCUUCUAUAGUUUUCAUCUGUGGUGCUUGAUCCAAGCUCCAGGUAGAGAAAUUCCAGCUUGUUGGCUAGAGGCUCACAGUAAGGUGCUCAAAGAUGACGGUUACACCGAAGAUCUCUAUCAACGAGGGUAACCUUGUGGUUCAGGGGAAGACUAUCCUGACUGGUGUGCCGGAUAACAUUGUUUUGACUCCGGGAUCCGGCGGGGGGCUUGUUGCUGGUACCUUCAUUGGUGCCACGGCUUCCCACAGCAAAAGCCUCCAUGUUUUCCCCAUGGGUACUCUGGAUGGUCUACGGUUCAUGUGCUGUUUCCGCUUCAAGUUAUGGUGGAUGACUCAAAGAAUGGGAACAUGUGGAAAGGAUGUUCCUUUUGAGACCCAGUUCAUGCUCAUAGAGAGCAAAGAAACCACAGAAGGAGGUGAACAUGACGAUGCCCCGACCAUCUACACUGUCUUCCUCCCUCUCCUCGAAGGCCAGUUCCGAGCUGUUCUGCAAGGCAACGACAAAAACGAGAUAGAGAUUUGCCUUGAGAGUGGAGAUACUGCUGUUGAAACAAACCAAGGCCUUCACCUUGUGUACAUGCAUUCUGGGACCAAUCCUUUUGAAGUUAUCGACCAGGCAGUAAAGGCUGUGGAGAAACACAUGCAAACUUUUCUUCACCGUGAGAAGAAAAAGUUGCCUUCUUUCCUUGACUGGUUUGGCUGGUGCACUUGGGAUGCUUUCUACACUGAUGUCACUGCCGAGGGCAUUGAAGAAGGCCUGCAAAGCUUGUCCAAGGGAGGUGCACCUCCUAAGUUCCUAAUCAUUGAUGAUGGUUGGCAGCAGAUUGGUAAUGAGAACAAGGACAACAAUUGCGUUGUGCAAGAAGGCGCUCAAUUUGCAAAUAGAUUAACAGGAAUAAAGGAGAAUGAGAAAUUCCAAAAGAAUGGCCGGAACAAUGAGCAAGUCCCAGGCCUUAAGCAUGUGGUUGAGGAUGCUAAGCAGCGGCAUAAUGUCAAGUUUGUUUAUGUAUGGCAUGCUCUAGCGGGUUAUUGGGGUGGAGUGAAGCCAGCAGCUGCUGGUAUGGAACAUUAUGAAUGUGCAUUGGCAUAUCCGGUUCAGUCCCCUGGUGUAAUGGGUAAUCAGCCAGACAUUGUCAUGGACAGUCUAUCUGUUCAUGGCCUAGGUCUCGUACCCCCAAGGACGGUUUUCAACUUCUACAAUGAGCUCCAUGCCUACCUGGCUUCUUGUGGUGUAGAUGGAGUUAAGGUUGACGUGCAGAAUAUCAUUGAGACCCUUGGUGCUGGUCAUGGUGGCAGAGUUGCUCUCACCCGCAGCUAUCAGCAGGCCCUUGAAGCCUCCAUAGCAAGGAACUUCACUGACAAUGGAUGCAUAUCUUGCAUGUGCCAUAACACUGAUGGACUCUAUAGCACUAAGCAAACUGCUGUAGUGAGAGCAUCUGAUGACUUCUAUCCUCGUGACCCUGCUUCUCACACCAUCCACAUUUCUUCAGUGGCUUACAAUACUCUCUUCCUUGGUGAAUUUAUGCAACCUGAUUGGGAUAUGUUCCAUAGCCUACACCCAGCUGCAGAGUACCAUGGUGCAGCUCGAGCUGUUGGUGGAUGUGCAAUUUAUGUCAGUGACAAGCCAGGUCAUCACAACUUUGAGCUUUUGAGGAAGCUGGUUCUCCCUGAUGGAUCUGUACUCCGUGCCCAGCUACCUGGUAGGCCCACGCGUGAUUGCCUCUUUGCUGAUCCAGCACGAGAUGGGACCAGCUUGCUUAAAAUCUGGAAUGUGAACAAAUGCUCUGGUGUGGUGGGUGUGUUCAACUGCCAGGGUGCUGGUUGGUGCAAGAUUGAGAAGAAGACCCGUGUCCAUGAUACAUCACCUGACACCCUCACUGGUUCUGUCUGUGCGGCUGAUGUUGACCAAAUUGCUCAUGUUGCUGGCACAAAUUGGAAGGGGGAUGUAGUAGUCUACGCUUAUAAAUCAGGUGAGGUAGUCAGAUUACCAGAGGGUGCUUCCCUGCCAGUGACUCUUAAAGUUCUCGAAUUCGAAGUUUUCCAUUUCUGUCCUCUCAAGGAAAUUGCAACCAACAUUUCCUUUGCCCCAAUUGGCUUGCUCGACAUGCUCAACUCCGGUGGUGCUGUGGAGCAAUUUGAGGUUCAUAUGGCUUCUGAGAAACCCGAGCUCUUUGAUGGCGAAAUUCCCUUCGAACUGUCAACUUCUCUCAGUGAGAACAGAUCUCCAACUGCAACAAUUGCGCUAACAGCCAGGGGAUGUGGCCGGUUCGGCGCUUACUCAUCUCAGCGCCCCUUGAAAUGCCAGGUGGGCGAUGCUGAGGUUGAAUUCAGCUAUGACCCCAACAAUGGAUUGUUGACUUUCACCAUCCCCAUUCCAGAGGAGGAGAUGUACAGAUGGUCCAUCGCAAUUCAAGUUUAAGUAGUUCCUAGAUUAUUAGAGAAGCCAAUAAAAUAAGAAAAAAAAAAGGGAAAAAUGCCACUGCUGUUACUAGCUUCCGUGCAUGUUGGAAGUGACGGCGGUGCGUUUAGAUGAAUGAUUAUCUAUCUACGGCAUAAGGGAGAGAGAUUGGGGAUAUUGUUUCGUGAUGUGCUUCGUCUGUGUUGGGUUGGGUUUGGGAGUGGUUCAUCUCUUCUUCCUUCGGGAAUAAAUUAUGUUAUCUGUAUGGAUCUUCAUCUCUAUUUAAUCGAAGAAUUUCAGUUUUAUC